AGAACUAUAGGUCGUAUCCAGUCUCUUGCGUUCAAAACGCAAACAUGCCAGAUAACGUCUUUGCGUGACGUACGCAUGCGCACUGCCGGUAAAGGAAGGAAGCAACAUGUCGAUAGAAGACCCAUUUUUCGUUGUGAAAGGAGAAGUGCAGAAAGCCCUCUCUCGUGCUCGAGGCCUGUUUGAUAGGUGGGAGGAACUAUUGCAGGAUGGGACGCAGGUGAGUCGAGAUGAACUUGACUGGAGUGCCAAUGAACUGCGAAACUGUCUGAGAGCUAUAGAUUGGGACCUGGAGGACCUCAGUGAAACCAUCAGCAUUGUGGAGUCGAACCCAGGGAAGUUCCGACUGGGUGACAAUGAACUUCAGGAGAGGAGAGACUUUGUCGAGCGAACCAGGAAGUCUGUUCAGGAUAUGAAGGAUCAGUUAUCCAGCCCUUCUGCUGUGGCUCAGGCUGAGAAAAAGAACAGACAGGCUUUAAUGGCCUCAACAAGCCAGGACAGGUCUACAGGACUCGAGGCUCAUCUUGUGUCAGCAAACUCCAGAUACAUCGAGGAGCAACAGGAGCAACAGCAGCUGAUCAUUCAGGAGCAGGAUGAGCAGCUGGAGCUGGUGUCAGGCAGCAUCAGAGUCCUCAAAGACAUGUCCGGACGGAUCGGAGAUGAGCUUGACGAGCAGUCUGUCAUGUUGGGUGAUUUCGGAGACGAGAUGGAUCAGACAUCGUCCCGCAUGGACUCUGUUCUGAAGAAGCUGGAGAAAGUGUCCCACAUGACGAGCAGUCGAAGACAGUGGUGUGCCAUUGGCGUGCUGGUCGCCAUCAUGAUUGUGGUCCUAAUCCUUUUCCUCGCUCUCUGAGGUCUGUGACCUUUGAACCCUCUAUUUUACUCAUCGACUUCUCCGCGGCAGGAUGAGAGGACAGAAGGAAACGGGAGGUCUCUCCCCUUUCCCCUCAGUCACUCCCCUCUCCUCACUCCAAAGAGAAACUGGUGACUGGCAGAGAAAAGUCAGGAUUUCAUCCUCUGCCCCGUUUUUACCAAAAUUUUGUGUGAAGAAAAAGGCAAGUGUCUCUCAGCAGCAGCGCUUCGCUUGCGCAAAACUCCGACGUUAUUCUGUAUUUUACGUCUGUGCAUUUCUGUUGUGGUGGGUACGCGAUGGGAGGGACGCAACGGGAAACUUCUGCUGUUGGAGUAAAACACAAAUCUGUAAGUUUAACAAAUCGAGUUGCAAUGGUGCUUACUUUACGUCGCUCAAGAUUUUUGCAGGGUUUGAAAUAUAGACAGUGGUCGACAGUGCUGAAUCACUUUGCCAUCGGAGAUAUUGACAUUUUCAACUUGUGAAACCCGAUUAUCUGCAGGUUUAAAGGGUACUAAAACCAAUUUAUCAAAUAAAGUAAAACAAAUACUUGUGUUUUAAGCUAUCAGGAGAAUCUCGGGAGGGGCGAGUUGCCUUAAAUAUAUUUUUAUACGAUUUUGAAAUGUGCAGUAUGUUCAUGUGCCUACAUGUGAAUCAGGAUGGAAAAUAAAUUCCUAAUUUCAAACUGUCAGCCAAACCAAGGCUGAGGAUCGCAGAUUUUCUUCAUAGUCCAACACAACAGCUGCAGAUUUCGCUGGUGAACGCAUCUCGGCUGAACAGGAAGCGCUGGGCACAGCUGGAAACAGCUGCUGCUUUAAAGUGUGCCCUCUCCAAAAGAAAAAAAAAAAAGUUUAGGCUCAGGCAAGCCAUGAAAGACAACCACCGUCCUGUUUUUAAUAAUCGGUGGCACACUUUGUCAGAAACGAUUGGUGUUCAUUUCCUGCCACAGGUGAGAGCAGGUCUGCAUCCGGCCUUCGCCGCGCCGCAGACGUCUCGGCGCGUGAUUGGCCAGGGCUUCGUUACUCUCGCCGGAUGAUGAGAGACAGCCUUGGCUCUGAGCAAAUAGCUUUGCGUUUUCAUUGAAAAGCUUUAGCUAAUGAGGAGGAGUAGUUGCUGGGCAAGAUGCGUCCGCAUUCGGCCCAUGUCUGGGCUCACGGCUCCCUCUGCUGGAGCCCGGCGCACACGCCGUUUCUUUAUAUCUCACCAAGCAACACUAAGCUGUCCGAGUGCUGCAUAUCAGAUCAAAAUGCUUUAAUAAUUUCUUUGUGUAAUUGGAUGUUAGUACGUUAAAAAUCGUCUUUUGUUGGCUCCGUCUCAUUAUGAUCCUGUGAAAUGUAAAGACAGCUUGUCAUAUUUUUAGUUGUUCUCCCCUUCAUAAGUAAUCAAAGAGUGUUUUUGGCCUGCUUUUAUAUAUUCUGUCCCCCAUGCGUCGGUGGAGCAAAUGAACUGAAAGUGUUGAAAGAGCCUCUGUGGUUUUCCGCGCAUUUCGUGGCACCGACUGCCAGCCCGGUAUCAGGGAAGUUAAAAGCAGCCGUAAAUUUUUAACAGAGCUUCUUAAGCCCGAGAAGGAUUCCCUUUAUCCCAUGUAUUCCUCUCUUUGACUUCUCCUCUCGGUUUUUUAGUGCAGUCCUCCAGAGGAUGGAAGCAAGGAGGGCCCAGCCGCUGCGCUCAUGACAACUUUAACGUUUUAUUUCAAUUUUACAGCUCAACAUAAUGUGAAGUGCAUGUUUUAUACAUGACAUUUACUGAAAAGCCGCACUAAAACAACCCCUCUGACAGGCAUCCUUAAGCCGCUCGGCGCGGUUUAGGUAUUGAGGCAUCUGUUGUUCAGCAGACCUUGAUUUCCGUGUCUGUCAGGGGGUCUGAGGAGAUAAAGACCAAACAAUGAACUCUGUUGAGAAUAAGAAUAGUAUUUUUGCAGCAUUGCAUAAUUAAAACGUUGAGGAUUAUUCAAACUAACACUUGCAGCUCAGAUGUUUUUUUUUUUUCUUACUUUAUGACAGUAUUUAAAUUCUAUGGGCAAGUGAGUCGAAACAAUGAAUGGGUGAAUCAGAAAAAAGCAAUUAAAACAAAUAAGUGCAGGUAAAUAUUUUUCCCUCUGAAAGUGAUUGUGUUUCCCCCUGUUUAGCUUUAACUCUAGUUUUCAGUGCACGAUCAGGAUCCUUAUCUUUUAGUUCUGCAGGCUACAUUUCACACACAACUGUUUGCUGUUCUGCCCUUUUAAGCCAGACAGAACGUCAUUGAAGUGCUUUUCUUUUUUUUUCCACUAAAGAAAAAGGGCAAUAGUGACGGCAAACUAUUGAUCUGAAAUUCCCUGCUUUACCACAUGUGAAAGUUUCAUAUCUACAACACGAGUCAGUCAGCAGGUGUUGGGACUCCAAAAGUGCUUAAAAGUCCGAUACGCAGUUGUCCCGAUGUCUCCUACGUCUACUUUGUUGGAUUUUAAGUUUCAUUAUUUUGCAUUUGUUCUUUGUGAAGAGAUUGAAUUGCUUUGUAAGCAUCUUGUUGUAGACUGAGCUGUACAGCCGAAUGAAUACAGUAUUUUG